AUAUAUCCCGCCCAGUCCCAAGUAGAUUAUGAAAAGACACAAGAAAAGCAGUUGAAAGAUCAGAGGAAUGUACCGUUGCCCAAAACAUGUGAUGAUUUCCAGCGGUUCAGCUAUAUGAGAGAUCCUACACAGCCCAUAUAUGUACAAGGCGGUUCAAAGACUCUUUAUAAUGUACCAAGUGAUCCAACACACGUGGACCGCAGCACCAUCGACACGUCGCCGGAACCUCUGUUCAAUAUGCAAACAAAAACGCCACUUCAGCAAAGCAAUGUUAACAACACCAGCCUUGAUUUCACUGUGCAAACUGUUCCUACUGCCGCCGCUACCGGUCUUGGAGCUAUGCGAUCUAAAAAUGUUAGCGCCGCUACCGGUCUUGGAGCUAUGCGAUCUAAAAAUGUUAGAUUCGAGCUCUUCGUCAAGUGUCAUGCCGAAUACGACGUACAGCUUAUCCGAGAUGUACGAGGAUGCGCUCGAGGUCGUCGCCCACGACUCAGACUACAUGGAGAGUAUUGGUAUGUCCGAACCAGUCAACUGCGUGUUUUGCGGUUGGGCCGGAUCCAUACUUUUGCUAGAUGGCCAUAUUCGAAAUGAUCACGCGUGCUCCAUAUACAAGAUGGACAAGAGCGAAUGGAACAUUACCUAUACCCUCAAGAGUCUAACAGAGUGUGACGCCUGGCUCCACAGAGUGAUAGAGUACGAUGAUACACUGUACCUGAUCAGCGUCAAGUAUGAGCGUCCUGCCUGCUUCAUGGCCACGAUUUCGUUAUUAUCGCUGGACCUACUGAUGCCAAAAGAAAAAAAUGCAAGUAUGACCUUGUUCAACAAAAGCACUGGAGAGCCGUUCUCAUGGACCGGCCACGUACCCAACUUCCCUCCCGGCUCGCCGAGCGAUGAUGGCGCGAACGGCCUCAAAUUACAACUCGAUCUACUCGACAAUACUACCGUCUCACAAGACAUAGACGUAACAGUAUUCGUCUCGAUUUAUAAUAAAUGAAAAAAAUAGUUAAACUAACAUAAAAAAUAUUUUUACACAUUUUUUGUUACUUAUGCUUACUAUACUUAUAUGUUUAUUUGCUAUGUUAACUAUGUUUGCUUUGUUUACUCUACAGGAAUACCUGUUGUUAAAAAAUGGUCGAGAGCCUAGAUUUACUGCCAAAUCUACGAAAAAAUUACUAUUUAGUUCAACUAAAUCAAUACCUUUAAAAAAUUUCCUAUUAUAUUAAAGGUAUUUCUACUAAUAUUUAUACCAGUAAAUACUCAUUUAUUAUAUUUAAGUCUACAAAACUAUUUAGUUCAACUAAAUGAAUACCUUUAGUAAAGUUUCUAUUAUAUUAUAGGUAUUUCUAAAUAUUACUCAUAUUUUUAUAAAUAUUUAUAUCAGAAAAUACUCAUUUAUUAUGUUUGUAUAUUUAAGUCUACAAAAAAUUAACUAUUUACUUCAACUAACUAAAUAUUAAAUACCUUUAAUAAAGUUCCUAUUAUAUUAUAGGUAUUUCUAGAUGUAGAAGUAUUCCUAUAUUAUAAAGAAUUCCUAGAAGUAUUUAGUUCAAAUAAAUAAACAAAGUUUAUUAAGUUUAAGAAAAUAUAAGUCAUAUUUUUAUAAGUUUUUAUAUGAGUCAAUACUCAUUUGUUACAUUUAUAUACUAUGAUAACUUAUAAGUAUAAUAAAAAAAAAAAAAAAAAAAAAAAAAAUAAUAAUAAAAAAAAAAAAAAAAAAAAGUAUGCCUACUAAAAGAAAAUUAUGUGAAAGAGCACUUAUAACUAACAUGUUAGUUGUUUAGAUUUUCAACCCACGACUCUGAGAGGGAACAUUUUCUCAGUUUAUGGUGAUUUCGAUUAUAUUUGAGUAUUUAAAUAUGAUGGAAACUCAAAAUCGGCGCCAUAUACUGAGAUGAAGGUGCCCUUAACUUGGCAAGAAAAUUAUGUGAAAGAGCACACACAUUAUAAUAUCUAUUGUGUCAACAAAAAAUUUAAUAUUUCGUUCAAAAUACAUAGCUUUAAUAAAAUCCUCAUUAUAUUAUAGGUGUUCCUGAAAAUAGAAGUCAUAUUUUAUAAGUCAAUAUUUGUGCUUAAACUAUAGUUUAGAAGUAUACAUAAGUUCGCUUCCACUGGUGCGCUUCCAACUUGAAAAAAAAUGAAAAGGUUUUUUUUUUCACGUGAAUUUUCUAGACUGACUUCUAGACUAUAUACAUAUAUACGACUUUAUACUAAUGCAAGCGUUCUAAUGCAAGCGUUUGCGUAGUGCAUAGAUGUGUGAUAGCACACAACGCGAAUGCAUUGCUUACAUACGCAUGAGUAAAUAGGCAUUUUCUAGGCAAGCGCGCUCCAUCUAAAGCUGCGUCAUCACUUGACAGCAAAUCGAUUGCAGCCAAGUGCUAAUCUAAAAAUUAAAAAAAUACUUCUACGCAAGUCAAAAGCACACCGGUAUAGUUAGACCAGUAGGUACAGUAUUAACUUCUGAACCCUAUUUGUGAAGAAUCAUGUUAAUUACUUUUUGUCACUUUUGAUUUAUAUUAUAAUUAGUGAGUUAUUUCAAUAAGAAUAAAGGUGAUUUCUUUUUUACCUCGAUUUUGUACCUGAAUAUGAUUAAAUAAUAGCUAAAGCUGCGUCAUCACUUGCCAGCAAGUCAAUUGCAGUCAAGUGCUAGUCUAUUUAAAAAAAAACUACGCAAGUUGAAAGCACACAAGUGUAGUUAGACCGUACAGUAUAAACUUGGGAACAGGGUAUUUGUGCAUUUAAUGCAGCUUUCAUACAGCGUGUACUUUUAGAUUGAAGUUUUAUGCAAUUUAUUAUAUUAAUAGGCAUUGCGCAAAAGUUCAAUCUAGAAAUAAUAAUAAUAGUACAUAUAUUAAUAACACUAUUAAGUAUCUAUGUUUGCAACAGAAAUUCGGGAGAAAAGGCUGUUUAUCGAAAUAUGAUGGCUCUGUUGUAUUUUUCUUAUAAUUAAGUACAUUUUUUUUUUGCUUUAAAACUUAUAUUUUGAUUUCCAGUGUCGAUUUGUUGAGGGGAAACAAAUCCUUUAUAAAAAUAUUUACAUACGCGUUUCUAAAAGUGUUGAUUUUUGAGAUGUUUCUUUUUCAUCAAUUAAGAAUCAUGUUAUUUCUUUUUGUUACUUUUGAUUUAUAUUAUAGUUAGUAAGUUAUUGAAUAAGAAUAAAGAUCUCUUUUUUUACCUCGAUUUUGUACCUGAAUAUGAUUAAAUAGUAAUGUAUACUUCUAGGUCUAGGUAUAAGUUACUACCUAGUAAAAGCCAAAAAUUCAUGUGCCAAUUAUUUUUUAUUUGUUACAUUAUCUGAAGUAAUUUAUAAGUAUUUAUUUGUUUUCAUUUAAAAUUAUAGGUUGUGAAUUGUUUCACUAUUGAAACGUUUUUUUUCAAAAGAAAACAUCAUUAUUUUUUCAGUCUAAGAUCGAACGCACUUACAAAAUUCUUCUAGUUUGUCGCGGUUACUUAAAAUUUUCGGUAUUUUUGUGCAGGUGACGAAAUAGCUUUGGUGACAAUAAUGAAAAAGUGGUCAUGACAAAUAAAUUUUUCGUCAUGUCGUCAUGAUGAUAAAAAUCUUUCGUGGGGUUUUUAAAAACUUAAUGCAUCCCUACUUUUGGGUUCGCUUUGUUUUCUUCUAUAUAAUUUAUGUUGCACAUAAUCUUUUACAUACUUAACAUGUAUUUAAAAUACAUUUUGUAUAUGAUAUUUUCUUAAAAAGUUUUUCAAUUGUAGCUAAUACUUAUAGUGUAAUAAUGUUAUAUACAAUCUCAAAACUAAAAUUAUAAUUUUAGUUUUGAGACCUGU